GCCUUCAGCGGUUUGCUGAGGAUGGCUCACGUGGUUUUUCAUAUAAAGUUUUUCACGUGAUGCUCGAUACGUUUGUUUAUAGAUUACAUCCGCAAUCGUGUUUAUCAUCGCUGUUAUUUCGUAUUUUCUGAACUGAUUUGUGGUUAGAUUUUUUUUUUUAAUUUUGCAAAUGUCAAUUGGAAGUAAAGUGGAAAGAAUUAAAAAUGCAAUCGGAAAUUAUCCGGACUUUCCGAAGAAAGGAAUCGUUUUCAGAGAUUUGUUUCCAAUAUUACAGAAGCCAGAAUUAUUUGAGGAUCUAAUAGAUGUAUUAUGUGAUCAUAUCAAAAGAAAUAUACCAGAUGUGAAUGGUAUUGUAGGAUUAGAAUCGAGAGGAUUUUUAAUAGCACCAAUAAUUGCAUUAAAAUUAAAAGUGCCUUUUUUACCAAUCCGUAAAAGUGGAAAACUCCCAGGUGAAGUUAAAAAAGUAGAUUAUUCUUUAGAAUAUGGCAUGGAUUCUCUUGAAUUGCAAGUGAAUGCUUUUACAAAUAUUAAGAAAGUUGUAAUAAUUGAUGAUCUGUUAGCUACAGGAGGAAAUGUAAUUAUAGUUAGUUAG